AUGCUUUCUGACUAUUACGAUCAAUAUAACCCUACUUGGUAUCUGGAGGCCGUUCCCAGACAGCAGAAGAAAUGGCUUUCCCUUUUCACCCUGCGCUUCGUUGUAGCUCUAUGUUAUAUGACGGUCGUGAUAUGCUUUGCAUGGGCUUAUUCCGAGCACGAGAAGCCAGUGGCCUAUAUUGAUGGCUUGGGAAGUGCCUGGUCAAGUAUUAAUUUGGGAACUGUGAGAACAACCAUAUCUUUUGGGGCUGCUUACGCAUGUCUCUGGUCUGCCGUUUUUCUCGUGGUCGUCCUCGUCUUCAACUGCAGAGUCCAUCCCGGUGCAAGCAUUACAUUUGAUUGCUUGGCCUUUCUUGCGCAAAUCAUCACCGUCAGCUUCUAUGUCAAUGAAUUUGCUGAGUACCAGCACAGUGGCUACUCGGAGAAUACUGAAGAAGCUAAGAGGUUGUACGGAGUAAAAUGCUUCGGGAUCGCAAUGAUGUUCUUGGGGCUCAUAUUUAACCUGAUUCUCAUGAUUAGAGCCUCUAUGGCUUGUCAUGUCGAGCGGAGGGCUGGGAAGCAGCCUUUGACCGAAAAUACCGCCCAACAGCUUCUGUCACAGGACCUCGUGUCAGAGCUACCAAAACGCCUUGACCCUCAGCCUGUCACUCUGAACGAUAAUCAGUAUGCCGCGCUGGUGUCCUGGACAUACAAUGUUGGUAAUGGUAAUAUAGAGUCGUCAGAUCUUGUUAGACGCAUGAAUGCGGGCGAGGAUGUCUCCCUCGCUGCGCAUGAUGAGCUGCCGCUGUGGGAUAAGGCUAGUGGUCAGGUUGUUGACGAUCUGACCCGUCGCCGUGCUGCGGAAUUGCAACUCUUUGAUGCUCCUGCUACUCUUCCUGCCCUGCCUGCUCCUCGUUAA